AUGAAUGAAAUCAAAGUGAAGGUCGAGAAGAACGAUGAAAGCGCGAACACAAGAAGCCCCACUGAGAGCGGACCGACCAAACGUGCUAGGGCGGGGUUGGAAGUGUUCAAGUGGAACAAGGGCAGCAAGAUCAUGGAAACAGAUGAGAGGAAAGCUCCAUCCUCAUCGGAAGAAAGUGGCGAAGCGGAAGAUGGGAGGCAUCUGCAGCGAUUCAUAGGCAGACUUCGUGAGCUACAGUCUAACGGAAACCUUGCCAAGAUCCUGCCGGACUUGAAGCCGAAUGAGGUCCCGACGUCCAAUGGCGACGACCUGGCCAAGUUCUGCCAUCGUCAUUCGCUGCAUGCGCUACGGCUGCGAGCUCACCUGCAAGACUUCAUGACGAGCGAAGCAUCGCAAGACAGCGACGCUGAGCCUAUGAUCGAUGAGCUGGAGCAAGAGGAUGGUGAGGGCGUCGACGCAGCAGGGAUCCACUUCUUCCUUGCUCCUGCGAAGACUGUCGCAACCAUGGCACCUGAUCCAUCCUAUCCUAGAGUAGAAGCCGGAGGAGAGACAUGGCGAGAGCAUGCAGUCCUGCUGCUCGAUGCCCUGGAGGAGUCAGCCUGCCGGAUGGGGAAUGAAGACUCCUCGUCGGGGGAGGACGCGAAUAGAAUGACAAGCGAAAACAAGGACAAGGUCGUGAAGAAGAUACGAGAAAUGAGAGACAAGCUGUUGGGAAAUUGGUACUUGGACGUGAAGUGUAAAAAGCAGUUCGAGGAUGAACUGGAGCUUCCUGAGAUGCCAGCGCCUGCAUCCGUGGAUGACAAGGCUGACAAGAAGGCUGGAGCAGCUCCUCCCGUCAUUCCCCUUGACAAUUUGGUCUCGGAGUGGAGAAACGCAGCGAGCAAGCGACGGGAAGACGACAGGAAUGGGAGAGAGGAAAGAGAGCUGAAGUUCACAGAUCGCAAGGCUGCCAAGAGCCUGGUGUCGGAUUCAAAUAGCGACAAUCCAGCGACAGAAGAUGAAGCAAUGGAAUCAGAAGUAGCUCUGAGGUGCAUGACACUAGUAGCCUACCAGUACGCCAAACAUAUUGGCUUUGAAGGUGUUCAUGGUGACGCUGCGAUGGAGCUGGGUGCAGUAGCAGCGGCUCAUGCAAUUCAGGGAAUGGGAAAGGCGCUGCUGAGUGCUGCUGAGUGCCUUCCAGACUCUUCUCUCGAUAGUGACUACACCAGCCGCAUCCAGGCUGUAGUGCCUCGUUGCUUGGCGAAGCUUCGCCUUUCUCCCGUGAAGAAGCUCACGGAGAACAUCUCCGUCAGUCUCCUGCCUAACAAAGGACCCAACAACCAGGCCGACGUGAGAGUAAUACAAGCAGCGGAACAAGAGAAGAUUCGUGAGCUGAUUACAGAGCGACUGCUCAAGAAAAACAAGUUUCCGCGGGAGAGAUGA